AACUCUUUUAAACGUCACAUGCGGAAGGCAGCAGCAAGAGUUCAUGACAUAAGCGGAAGUGACAUUUGCGAACAGCAAAUGGCGGUUGAUUUGAAAUCUGGAAAAGUUUGAAGCUUUUUUUCCAAUUUUUUUUUACUGAAACGGAAAAAAAAAGAAGAAAACACGAUCCAUCCAGUUUACUUGUGGAAGUAUUUUCAACUAAGAUAUCAGUCUGCUACCAGCUAUCACAUUAAUGGAUGUUCCUGCGGAUAAAUUGGAACAGCGCCGUGCCAUCAAGAUGGUAACGGCAGCUGAUGAAUACCUUCGGAACCGCGAAUAUCUUACAGCUUUGAAUCUUUACAAGGAAUCUGUGGAGAUUUUGCCUGAUCCUGAUAUCAUUUAUAAGAUUAGGAAACUACGGAAAUACAUGAAACAGAAAGGUUACGACUUGGGUGAAAACAAAGAGAACAUCGAUUCCUGUGAACCAGUUGCUAAGGAAAUUGAGAACUCUGAUGAGAACUUAAUUAAAAAAGCUAAGUCACCUGACAUUUUGAAAGAACAGAGUGAUUUCUAUUGUUCUUCAAAUAGUCAGAAUCCACCUUCCAUUUCCCAUCAAAUACCUGUUAAAAGUCCUCCAUCGGACACUGACAAAUUAAUUGAAAAGAAACAGAAUGAUAAAAGUCCCCUGACUCAAAGAAUGGAACAGCUGUCGCUAGACAGUAAACAGCCGGUACCAGUUGAAGUUGAAGACAAGGUCAAAGUCCCUCUUGGAGAUGAAACCAACAAACCCUCUCUGGGAGACAAAGUCGAAAAGUCUCCCAAAAAGUCUCCCAAAAAGGCUGUUGUUAAAUAUGAUGGCCCAAUACGUGACUUCAAGGACCUUCGCAGAUAUCUUUAUCCUCAUCAGAAAGAAGGCAUGAAAUGGUUGGCCCAAUUAUACUCAGAUAACAAAGGUGGCAUUCUUGGAGAUGAUAUGGGUCUUGGUAAAACUCUCCAGAUGAUCGGUUACCUUGCCAAAAUGUUUGAGGUUGGAGAAAUUGAAACAGCUCUUGUUAUAGUACCGAGUUCUUUGUUAUUGCCUUGGUGCCGGGAAAUUGAUAAAUGGGCUCCAGGAUUGAAUUAUGAUUCAUUCCAUGACAAGGGAAAAUCUGGCAGAAAGAAAACCCUUCAUUGUACCCAGAGAAGAGGUGGUGUUCUACUUGUGACUUAUGGUUUAUUAGUAAACAACUACGAGGAACUUUCAACUGACCGAAAUGGUCAGGAAUUUGUUUGGGACUAUAUGAUACUGGAUGAAGGUCAUAAAAUUAAGAAUCCCACCAAGACACAGAAAGCAGCCCACCAUAUUCCGUCUCGUAAUAGAAUUAUUAUGACUGGAACCCCUAUCCAGAACAACCUGGUUGAACUUUGGGCUCUGUUUGAUUUUGUCCAUCAUGGUUCAUUGCUGGGAACUCAGAAAACAUUCAAAAUGAAGUAUGAAAACCCCAUUACUCGGGCACGGCAAAAAGAUGCAUCUUUAGAAGAGAAGCAGUUAGGUUUCAUCAUGACCAAGAAUCUGCAGAAGUUAAUUGCUCCGUUUUUCCUGAGAAGAACCAAGGCCCAGCUGAUGUCUGAUCCAAACAGUGGUAUACCAGAAUUACCACGGAAGAAUGAUCUGAUUAUCUGGGUGAAAAUGACCGAACACCAAAUGCAGGUCUACGAAUCUUAUCUAUGUUUAGAUGAAGUGAAACAGCUGAUGUCAUCAAGUAAAUCUCCACUUGUGGCUCUUAUCAUACUCAAGAAACUGUGUGAUCAUAUCCGUCUGAUGUCUGUGAGAGUUUGUCGAAGUCUGGGAUUGCUGAACAAAGAGGAAAGUCAAAAAUUCCGUUCAUCUUCAGUCCAUCACCUAGAUGAUCCAGAUGAGAUUGCUGAACAGACAAAGGAAAUGAAUGCUUUAAAUCAUAGCUUUAAACACUCCAGUGGUGGCAACACCAUCCAUAGCAGUGAGUUCAACGAGAAUGCUUGUGCUGCCACUCAGCUUAAUGGUAUUCCAGACAUUGUAUUAUUCCAAGAGUCUGGUAAACUGAUUGUUCUUAUUGAGUUGCUUGGUCACAUUGUGGGCACGAACCACAAAUGUGUCGUCUUCUCCCAAUCCGCCAAAAUGUUAGACAUCAUUCAAAAGAUUCUGAAAAACCUGAAGUACAAAUAUGUCCGAAUGGAUGGCAAAGUCAUAAAAUUAGAAGAGAGAGCAAGGAUUAUCCGCAAAUUUGAGACAGACGAGAGCAUUUGUAUAUUCUUAAUGACUACACAGGUUGGAGGAGUUGGUCUCAAUUUAACCGUAGCUGACCGAAUAAUCAUUGUUGAUCCAAGCUGGAACCCAGCAACAGACAACCAGGCUGUGGACAGGGUUUACCGUAUUGGUCAAACGAAGAACGUAAUUAUCUUCCGCUUAAUGACUUGCGGUUCAGUUGAGGAGAAAAUCUACAUCCGCCAGUUGUUCAAACAAUCUAUCCAUCGACAAACCACCAAAGAAUCCAAGGAUCCAUUUAGGUACUUCACUAAGCAGGACCUGAAACAGUUGUUCAUUGUGGAGAAUCUGGCUUGGUCUGACACUCAGCAGCAGCUGAAUGAGAUGUUUGCUGGUAUGAGGCAGUCUGACGAAGUUGUGGACCAACAAAUUGAAUUCCUCGAGUCUCUUGACUAUGUGUUUGGUGUCAGUGACCAUGAUUUAGUGUUUUCAAAAGAAGAUGACAAUAAAGAAGCAACGUUAUCUAACCCCAGGGUGGAGACAAUGAUGGUCAAAGCUGAAGAAGCGAUUCGGUCCGAGGUGAAUACUGACCGAAGUAUUUCCGUAAAACAAUGGUCAGGUGCUGCUACUUCGGUCAAUAACCAGACACAAAUGAGGAACCCUGAUAGUCAACAUUUUGUCUCUUUGCUCCCACCAUCCACCAAUGGAAAGGUCCCUACUCUCACUACAGUACCAACGACUCACACUCGUCCACCUUUCAACAGGUAUGAUGAUGAUGAUGUUGUUGUUAUUAAAGAGAGCGAUGACGACGAUGAUGAUAUCACCAGUGUUUCAGAGCAGUUGUCAUCUAAAAGUCCAAUUGGUAGCAACAGUAACAAUAACAACUACCACCACCACCACCACCAUAACAGCAGUAGAACUGGAGUCACUGACCUGACAACGCCAUCUCUUGGUACCGUUUCUAAUCCAAUCUCUAUUGAAGACCAUUGCCCUACUGAACAGCAGCCACCAACGCCUAUUGUCCACUCAUCAGCCCCUAAUAGAAAAUCCUUGUCUGGUUCUGUUUGUGAAUCUCCUGCUCCUGAAAACAGCACUACAAAGACUGGUUCCAUUGGCCAGAAAUCUUCUACUUCACAUUCCGAUGUCUUUCUGAAAUCAUUCAUGCGUAACAAUAGCGCUAAUUCCAGUCGCCAGCGUCCUCAUCCGUCUGAUUCUGUCCACGAGGCAGACGACACAGCAGAUGGUACAUGGUUUGUUGCUGACUCAGAUGAUGAAAAUGGUACCACUCCUGAGACAGGUUGCCAUUCUACAUCAAAGCCAAGUCUCAAUUUCUGUGUAGCAGAAUCUGACAGUGAAAAUGACAUGAUUAAUGAUUCCUGUGCAGAUGGUAGCCUGUCAGGAAAGGCUUUAGACAGCACCAAAGGUAGCAGCAGUAAGAAUUUCCGUACACCACCAUCUUUCAAAGGUAUGUCUUCUACGGUACCAAGUAGUUCACCAAGAACUGAAGGCAGCAGAGAGGAGGAAAUGGAGACUGUUGUGGCAGAUAACUCAUUUGAUGGUCAAGCAGAACAACGUUUGGGGCAUAACCAAAGCAAGAACACAAAACAUGAUGGCCAGGGGGACGACAGCGUUGUCAAUGUUAAAAAAAAACGAUUGAUAUGUCAUGUGAUAAGUUCUUCAGAAGAGGAUUCUGGUUCCGAUGACGACGACAAUGAAAACAAAAGAGCCAAUGAUGACGACAGCAGUUUUGAUGCAGCGCUUCCGAAACUGUCUCAGUGUCGUCGAAAGAGACUCCUCUCAUCAUCGGAGUCUGAUGGUGAAGGAGAGAAUGAUGUCUCUAUUGUCCAAGAAAUGUUGAAUAUUUCUGCUAAUCCACACGAGUCACUCAUCUCUUCCGUCCAAAUCCCUUCUGUUAAGGAUAAAAGAUCGCAACAGUUUAAUCGUUCCCAAACGGCAGAGUCUCCUAGCCUGUCGGCAGCUGGGAAGGGUCUUUUUGAGGCAAAGCUCAGCGAUGCAGAUGUGGAAGGCCGCCCAUCUGCAGUGGUUAAGAACAACAGCUUGGUUGUUUGUGGGGCUGGAGAGAAGUCUGAUGGGGUCGGUGAAAGUGUUAAAAGAGAAGAAAAUGAUGUAGAGGAAGAGGAAGACAGUGAAGAGGAGGAAGAAGAAAUAGAAUUGCCAUCUUUUUCCAACGACAAGAGUGAAGAAUUCAACAACUUUGUCAGGGAUGCUAGAAAGUCUUAUCGAAGUGAGAAUUACAAAGAGGCCUUGUAUUCAGCACUGAAGGCCCUUAAUCUGGAUUCAAGUGACAUUAAAUUACAAACAUUUGCACUGAAACUGAAGAAACUCUGUCAGUAAACCUCAAUGAGACAAUCACUGCAAAUAUGGAGUUCAAUGAACUCAUAAACUAAACAUCAUCACAGAUCCAUCGUUAACUGCUAAUUAUUUGUUAAUUAUGUAAUUUGCUUUAUUUGUUAGAGUUUAGUUUUUCUCAUUAGAGAUUUUACUGUCCUUUCUUAAAAAAAAUAUGCACUGCAUAACAUUGUGUCUGUGAUUUGUGUGUUGUAUAUAUGUAUG